AUGGCAUCAUGCGAAGGACAACCACCAGUGAGCCCCCAGGCCGAUCCCGAGUACGUCGACUACGUAGUGAUAUUCGUUUUAAGCACCGCGAAGCUGCAACUUGUCAUCGACCUUGUAUCGAAACCUCCUGCAGCCUCCAGUUUACGACUUGGUCCUGAUAUAUUAACAGAGAAGUCUCCUGAUUCCGGAGGGAAGCCUGAUACGGUAGCGCCAAGAAAGACGGGGUUGCAGGAGUCAUAUAGGCUGCCGAAACGGAAAAGGACUAGGACGAUGAUCUGUACUUAUAACGCACGUACGCUUGCAUCGGAAGCGGCCAUCGAGGAUCUGAUGAUGCAAACCAGGAAGUUUAAGUACGACGUCAUCGGACUGAUCGAGACGAGACGACGUCACCAUCUCAAAGCCGUAUAUGAAACUGGAGAAGAACUGUUCUUAGGAAAAUGCGAAAGUAGAGGUGUUGGAGGAGUUUGA